UGUGAGAAUGUCAUACGAUGCUAUUGGCUCUUAAUAAAUGACAUACAUUCAAGAAAACCUACACCACCAUCAACCUUAUUUUGCUUUGAGGGGAUGCAGAAAAAUGUGCUGUACAUGUGGUCAAACCCAAUGCUCAGGGUAACAAGAAACCUAUCAAAUGCAAAUGAAACCAGCAAGUUUAUCACCUACUAUGACUUAUCAGCUGCAGAUGUUGAAAGCAAAAGCCAACAACCUGGUUAUUCUAUUUUAAUGGGAUGGUUUUCAUCUGUGCGAGCAUUACAACAGAAUGAGGACAUGGCCUUCAGUGCUUUCAACACCAGCUGCUUCAAAAUUGACUCUAACAUUGAUUUCACAGCCAAACUGUUUAUCAAAACCAUAGAACUGUGGUUUAUCGCUUACCUGGUUGUUGGAGUGACGAUUUUCUUCUCUGCCAAGGCAUGGAGUCACAACACGAUGCUUCACUACGGCUCAGGUGUAUCGAUUGGCGUGCUCGCUUCUCUUCUUAUUCUUGUCUUUAUACUCUCCAAAAUACUCCCAGGUCGCCUAAAGAAUCUUAUCUACUUCAUGUUUUUCCUGAGUGCAUCUGCAUCUGUCUACUUCAUAAAUCAGUUCGCUAAUUACAUGUCCAACCCUAUCACUGGAACACUUGCGGAAAACUGGCAAUACAUUGUGGGCUACAUUCUCCUCUCAGGGCUUAUAAGUUUUGCGCUGGUGUACAGAUAUGGGCCUGUGGAGAAUGAACGGACAAUGUCGCUGAUCCAGUGGUUCCUACAGGGGGUGGGGCUGGCAUUAGUGUACAACAGUACACAGUUGACUGAGGUGUCGUGCGCUCUUGUCAUUAUCUUGCUCGCUGUUUACAACUUCCCGACUGUGGUGUUCACCAACCAAAGAACGAAAAAUAUUUGGAUCAGAUUAAAGAGAAGUGUUCUAGGAAAGCGCAUGUUCAGAAUUUUCCCGCCAAAAGUAAAGUUGCUGACUGAGGAUGAGUAUGUGCGUCAGGGUAACGAGGCGACACAGGCGGAGCUUGCUAAACUGCGGGAUUACUGUCGCAGUCCUGACUGUCAAGCAUGGAAAGUGAUCUCAAGAUUGAAAAACCCACACAGAUUUGCAGAGUUUGUGGAGGGCAACUCCUGGCAUGUGAAUGAUGAGGAAUUACUUGAAUAUGACUCCGGGCCAGACCCAACACCGCCACACCUGGCAGACGACAGUGACAUUGAGGAGAUGGACUUUCAGCUUAGCUCACCCUGAUUGGCUGAUAGCGCUCAUCAUGACCAAUCAUACAAGAGGAGGAGCUUGUGUCGAUUGGUUAAAGACAGCAAAUUAGAUGUUUUGGACUAUCAGUAUUACUGUGCCAUAUGUGACAUGAACCAGAGAACACAUAUCUAUAGAUCAAUCUCACUCUGACCAGGCUCAACACACACAUUUCAAGUUAACAUUCAAUAAAUGUUCAUCCAUUUUAUUAGCUCAUCUGGUAUUUAAAGAUCAAAAAGCUGAGGUAUUGUCAUAGCCUUGGUGUCUGUUGUCGGUGUUGGCAUUACCAUCCUAAAACCUUUAAUCUUGGCUAUAAUCCAAAAGCUUUCAAAAUAUUCUAAGGAACUUUUGUACCCCAGCUCUAAGUCCUGUUGCCAGAGACAAUAUUCAUAUGUGUAGCAAGACCAAUAACUCUGACUAAUAAUUGUUGAGUUAUGCCCCUUGUUCAACUGAGCCGGGGGGUGGGGGGGGGAGAGAUAAGUGUUUGUGGUCACUCUGUGGUGCUGUUUUUAGUUAGUUUGUACUUGUGUAUUGUCCAUUAAGUCUUGUGUUCAUUUAAAGCACUCUUUCACUCACAAUUUACAACUGAAUGUCACAUACUUCAGCAGCUAAUUGUAUAAAACUGGAAAAGUUAUCUAAUGGGUUUCUUUGGCUAGUUUGUUCAUGCAAGCAAUUUAAUUGGUCAAACAUCAUAACAGUAGAACCUCGUUGGCUUGAACUCCCAGGGACUGGUGAAACCUUCUUGAGCCAAGUAGGAAUCUUUACCUUCAGUAUAAGGAAAUAGGUCAUCCAGUUCGAGCAAACGAGUAAAUCGAGCCAAACCAGUUGGAGCCAAUGGGGUUCGACUGUAUUGGUAUAUAUUGACCUAUCAAUAGAUUAAUUUUGUCUUACUUUAACAAAACAAAAGAAUUAACCGGAUUUGUACUAUUGGCUAAGGGUAUCUCUUGGCCAGUUUGCUCUUAAAAGCAUUUUGAUCACCAGUAAUUAUUGGAUAAAUCACUGAAUAGAUUGGCCAACUUAAAACCAGAGACAUAACCAGAAUAUAAACAUUGCACUAAGAAUUAGAUAGAAAUUCUAAAUAUUUUAUAGCUAUUGUUUCUCCAUUGUCAAAAAAAAUCUUUUGAAUAUCAAUUUAUAUUAUUUUUUUACACUUUUUCUUUCUUAGUAGUGUUAUUUGUUGUUGUCUGGGUAAACAGUCUGUGUUAUUAUGCUGUUGGACUUUGUUUGACAAAAGAGCAAAACUUGAUAAAUGAAAUAUAUGCACUUUGACUUAAUGGACAUUAUUUAACAUGGGAAAACAGCUAUUAUCUUAUUAUUUAAGUAUGAUUUAUGUUGAUUUAUUUCUGUCUAUUGAAGAAUAUAUCUAUUUAUAGAUUCUUCUCAUUGAGUGUUGAAUCAUUGUAUGCCAUUUGUGUGUCUUUAUUUGGAGUGCAUCAGUAUUAUUGCAGCCAUAGAAGCUAACUUGUAAUGUGUUCAUGAGAAUAAUAUCAAAAUCGCUAAUCCAACUUGUAAAUCCAACUCGUAUAUCAAACUUGCUAAUUCAACUCAUGGUUUACUCUUUUAAAAUUGUUUGUCAGAAAUGUUGGAGUUAAAAUAUACCUUGUCCAUUUUUCAAAGAAAAUAUGACUGUGUACUGUCAUAGACUUGUUGUUGGCAUUGUCUGCGUGUAAAAGCAUUCACCCUGGCCAUAACCAAACUAACGUUCCAAAAUAUUCACAUGAAAAUAGGAAUACAUGUUGUGAGAUAUACAAACGUGUUGAACAAGGACCAUAACUCGGGCUGUGAUCAUUGUUGAGUUUAACAGUAAAAACAAAAAGACGAGUGUUAUCGUUAUCUCCGCGGCACUCUUGUUUAUGUUCUGUAUUCAUGUUGAGGCCAAAGAGUCAAUGUGCAAUGUUUGUACAUUUUGUAAAUAUUGUAAAUUCUAAGCAUUACUUUCAGUGUGUCACCCUUCAACAGUUAAAAACAUACAUGUAUGAUCAUAAAAAAACAUUGACUACAUGUAUGAUCAUAAAAAACAUUGACUACUUGUAUGGUAAUAAAAACAAUGGACUACAUGUAAGAUCAUAAAAACCAUGGACUACAUGUAUGAUCAUUAAAAACUAUUGACUACAUGUAUGGUCAUUCAUCAACUACUUGUAUGAUCACUAAAAUUUGUUGACUACAUAUAUGAUCAUUAAAACCAUUGACUACAUUAUAUAUUAUCAUUAAAAACCCUUGACUACAUGUAUGGUUAUUUAAAACAUUGACUACAUAAUAUAUGAUCAUUAAAACCAUUAAUCACUAAAAACCAUUGACUACAUGUAUGAUCAUUAAAAACCAGUGAUCACUAAAAACCAUUGACUACAUGUAUGAUCAUUCAUCAACUCCUUGUAUGAUCACUAAAAUUCGUUGACUACAUGUAUGAUCAUUAAAAACCAUUGACUACUAGUAUGAUCAUUUAAAACCAUUGACUACUUGUAUGAUCAUUGAAAACCAUUGACUACAAGUAUGACCAUUAAAAAACCAUUGACUACAAGCAUGACCAUUAAAAACCAUUGACUACUAGAAUGAUCAUUAUAAAUCAUUGACUACUUCUAUGAUCAUUAAAAACCAUCGGUAUAAGUAUGCCCAUUAAAAACCAUUGACUACUAGUAUGAUCAUUAAAAACCAUUGACUACUAGUAUGACCAUUAAAAACCAUUGACUACUAGUAUGACUAUUAAAAACCAUUGACUACUUCUAUGAUCAUUAAAAACCAUUGACUACUUCUAUGAUCUUAAAAACCAUUGACUACUUCUAUGAUCAUUAAAAACCAUUGACUACUAGUAUGAUCAUUAAAAACCAUUGACUACUAGUAUGACCAUUAAAAACCAUUGACUACUAGUAUGACUAUUAAAAACCAUUGACUACUUCUAUGAUCAUUAAAAACCAUUGACUACUUCUAUGAUCAUUAAAAACCAUUGAUAUAAGUAUGAUCAUUGAAAACCAUUGACUUUUUCUAUGAUCAUUAAAAACCAUUGACUACUUCUAUGAUCAUUAAAAACCAUUGACUACUUCUAUGAUCAUUAAAAACCAUUGACUACUAGUAUGAUCAUUGAAAACCAUUGACUUCUUCUAUGAUCAUUAAAAACCAUUGACUACAAGUAUGAUCAUUAAAAACCAUUGACUACUUCUAUGAUCAUUAAAAACCAUUGAUAUAAGUAUGAUCAUUGAAAAUCAUUGACUACAAGUAUGAUCAUUAAAAACCAUUGACUACUAGUAUGACCAUUAAAAACCAUUGACUACAAGCAUGACCAUUAAAAACCAUUGACUACUAGUAUGACCAUUAAAAAUCAUUGACUACAAGCAUGACCAUUAAAAACCAUUGACUACAAGUAUGACCAUUAAAAACCAUUGACUACAAGUAUGACCAUUAAAAACCAUUGACUACAAGUGUGACCAUUAAAAACCAUUGACUACUAGUAUGACCAUUAAAAACCAUUGACUACAAGUAUGACCAUUAAAAACCAUUGACCACUUCUAUGAUCAUUAAAAACCAUGUACUACAAGCAUGACCAUUAAAAACCAUUGACUACAAGUAUGACCAUUAAAAACCAUUGACUACUAGUAUGACCAUUAAAAACCAUUGACUACAAGUAUGACCAUUAAAAACCAUUGACCACUUCUAUGAUCAUUAAAAACCAUGUACUACAUGUAUCCCCAUUAACAACCAAUGAUCGUCAUGUGUAUUGAUAUGUUUUCAUAUGUGUAAGAAAAGUUAUUUUUUGUAAAAGAAGUGUUCAACCUUGUAUUUUAAUAAAAUAUAGAUACUGA